UAAAAACAUACAUUGAAAUAUGUAUCACUUUUAUUUUAAUUAAUUUUGUUUAGUAUAUAAAUAUAUUCAAAAAUUUUUUUUUUGAAAUAGUAGAUGAAAAACUAAAGAUAUAUGAUCGGUUAUAAUAGUUUUAAAUCAUUUUUGGUUGUUUUCACUGUAUGCCUACUUAAAUGCGAUGGAAUUAGUUUCGGUGAUGAAAAUGAUAAUAUGCAACGUUUAGGAGCGAUUAACCAACUAUUUGGUUUGGAUUUACUAAAAUCUCUUCAAAACAUGAAUGUAGGCCAUGAUAUACCAAUGCUCGGGGGGCAGGAUAAUUUUAUAUUUUCUCCUUUUAACAUCGGUAAUUCACUAGCCAUUUUAUUGUUGGGGGCCGAUGAGAAAAUGUUUAAUCAAUUGCUGCAUACCCUGCACUACGAAGAAUUAUUUCAAAUAUUCAACCAGAUUACCCUUAAAAAUCAGCAUAUUCUACAUUCAACCAUACUCAAAACUAUUAGAACUCUCAAAAACUACAAAAAUACUACCGUGAGGUUAUCUUAUGGAAUAUACCCUGAUAAAAGAUUUAAAGUUGAUCGGGCAUUCGCCAUAGAAGUAUCCAAGUAUUAUGGGACACACAUUCAAAAGCUAAAUUACAAAACAAAAGCCGAUGAAGCCGUUAAAACCAUCAAUUCGGAUAUCGCAAAGGCUACGAAAGGCGUAAUUAAAGAUAUAUUACCUCGCGAGUCUCUUAAUCCAGACACUAGAUUUUUAAUAGUUGACACCAUUUACUUUAAAAGUGAGUGGAAAGAUCCCUUUAAACCAGAGAAGACAUAUCCCGAGCCAUUCACUAGAGACGAUGGAGUAGUGGAACAGGUUAAGAUGAUGCACGAUACCAGGACGCUUCAAUACGGUGCAGCUCAACUAGACGAUUUAGUAAUUCUACCAACUUCUAUUCUUAAUCAAAAGAUCGAAAUUCUCAGAAUACCAUAUGCAAACCCAAAUUUGGCCAUGUUUUUUGUGCUACCCGAAAAACAUGGAUUAUCCGAUUUGAUCAAAGUCUUAUCUCCUACGGGCUUCACUUCACUAACAAAGAGCGUGAAAGAUACAUUGAUUGACGUUUCUCUGCCCGUUUUCAGGACAAGCUACGCCCUCUCACUUUCUAAGACUCUCAAAAAUCUCGGACUCAAAAGCAUAUUCGAGGACAUGACGAAUUUUACGGGGUUAAUUAGAUCUCAUAAAUCCGAUAAUUUGUAUCUCGGCGAAGUAUUUCACAAGGCUUCUAUCGAAGUGACGGAGAGAGGGACUAAGGCAAUAGCUGAUACUGGUGCAGUGAUGUUAACAUCAUCUAGAUACCUACCCUCAACCCAAAAAUUUAUUGCAGAUAGACCCUUCUUGUAUUUCAUACUGGAUUCGCUGAGUGGAAAUAUCUUAUUCUUCGGAACCUACAUAAAGGGAUAACGAUGAUAUAAAUUUUUUUUUAUAGAUAAAUAGCUACAACAUUAUUUUUAUUAUAUCAAGGAAAAUCGAAGUUACAACAACUGAUUUAUUUAAUUUGCUAUUCUUCUAUUUCAUUUCACAUCAGAUUAGGAAAAAAACUAAUCUUCAAUAUAUCUUAUUCACCCCCCCCCCCCCCUCCCAAAUCUAUAUCGCUCAAACCUUUAAUUAACCGAACCCAAAUCUCUCUAACCUUUAUAAUCCUACUUCUUACAUCAGAUAUACUUGUUAAAUUUUAAUUAUAUUUCAUCUUAUUAAAAAAGAAAUCUCCUUCAGUUGAUUAUUCCUUAUCCAUUAUAUAUCACCAUAACAAUAUAUUAUAAUUAUUUGUUUAAAACAUUUUUUAAAUAAACAUUUUAUACAAAAAUAAAAAAUUAAUUGUUUCCUAAUUUAAUUUUUUUGUUUAUAGUUAUAUAAAGAAUAAAUUAUUUUUUAAUACAAUAAAAGGCCAAUUUGCAAGGUUAGAAAA